AUGGUAGACAUCUCAGACCUGCGAGAGGCUGACUUUCUCGGGAGCCUCCCCAGGCGAGCGGGCAGCCAAAGUGCAGGCGGGGCUGCGCGGCGCGGGGUUGCCCGGGGCCACAUCAGCAGCGCUCCGGGGAGGGGCGGCGGGCGGCGCGCCUGCGCGGCCUGCAAUGUGGUCGGGGCUAGGGGCGGGGCAGGUUCCUGGGCAGGGCGGUACGCCUGCGCGGCGCUGCGCAGAGGGAGGGGCCGAGGGGCGGGGCGAGGUGGUGGGCGGGGCCAAGGCGAGAGGCUGAGGUGCCGGCGCCCGGCUGUCAGCGCGGGCCGAGGGCGCAAGGCGGCGCGCACGAAGGAGCCCCGCGGGAUCGCAGUCCGCCCCGCUGCGGGUGUAUGGCACCAGGUGAAGGCCGCCGGGUCCUGCCCCGGAUCGCGGACGGGGUGGGGACCAGGUGCGGUCUCCUCACCCAGCCGCCUCCGGCGGGCAGGUGGUCACGGGGGGCGUCUCGGCGUGGGCGGCAUGGGCGGGGCCCGGAGGGGCGGGGCCCGGAGGGCGGGGCCGAGCCGGGCUCGGGGCGAGCGGGAGCGCGGACCGAGUCCCGCUGGGUGCAGCCGCCGUGUUCCCGGGCUCGCGUCCUCGUCCGGAUACCCGGGCCGUGCCGCGAGCCUGGAGCCCCCGUGCUCUGAUUGGAAGAGGUGA